AUGUCGAUGCUGAUGCGCCGAUCGCUCGUAGCGCGUCGCCUUUGCGUCCCGACAGUGUCAUCUCCGUAUGUACAUCGUCGUGCUUUCUUCUUCUCCUUCCCUUCGGCAUCACGACCAUUGGUGAAAUCGCACACUGAGAUGCGCAUCGUGCCUUUCACGUGUACGCAGAUGUUUGAUGUGGUGGCGGAUGUGAAUCGCUACAGCGAGUUUCUGCCAUUUUGUGUCGAGUCGCGCGUACUUCGAAGACCAAACGAUAAUGUGAUAGAAGCAGCAUUACGUGUAGGUUUUAACAUCUUUACAGAGUCAUAUACAUCCCGUGUGCUUAUGAUCAGACCUGACAAGAUUGUCACAAAAGCAAUUGAUUCACCAACAUUCAAGCGAAUUGAAAGCGAGUGGUUGUUCAAACCCUGCGAUACACCUGGAAGCUGUGAGAUUGAAUUCAAGGUGACGUUUGAGGUGUCGUCGUUCCUUCACGCAAACGCUAUCCAGCUUUUUUUCGACGAUGUCGCUCUCACUCAGCUCAACGCGUUCAUUGGAAGAGCUCGGAAGAUGUACAAGCCGACCGCUCGGUCAAUUUUGCAAGCUUCUACCAAGGAUUCACCUACUCCGUUGGAGCAAGGGUCUACGAUAGAGACUGCUAACACUGAAGCGACUGAAAGGACUGAUUUGACUUCGCUAUCCAAAAACGACGAAGCGUCCAUACAAGAGGGGAAAGCAAGGGCAUCACGCCGCAUCGAAGGUUCCAUUUCCACUCAAAAUUACAAAGAUCUGGCUGCUGUUUUCGACGAUUACGCCGACAAGAACGGCAAGCUAUAUUAUGGAGGGUUUACAGCAGCGUGUAUGGCACUCAGUGGUGAGUAUGAAGAUAUGAAGGACGUCAGCGAAAAUGCUACACUUGCAGGGGCAGUGUUUUCCAGUUUUGAGACGCAUGCCACACCGAAAGAUUGGCUGACGCUGGAUGAGUUUGUAGUUGGUGUGUAUUUGAUGACAAAGGGCACAUUCGAGCAGAAAGCACACAAUCUUUUUGAGGUUGUGAAUUCGACUGGGGACGGCAAAAUCACUCGCGAGGAGCUCACACGAGCGAUGCAACGCCGGAUUCGUGCUGUGAAGAAACUAUUUCCAAAGUUGCUGCGGGACCAAAUACAGAUACAAAUGGCGAACGAGCAGGUGAAUGAGCUGUCAUCCGUCCAAGAUGCAGCCGUGGCAAAUGGUGUUCAUGCUAUUGAGCAACUGAUGGAAGCAGUCGAGGAGGAGAUUCCACUGGCCGUGAAUCAGAUAUUCCGUGAAGCCGACCUCGACCAGGACGACUACAUCCGUGAGCAAGAAUGGAUGUUUGCGUGGCAGGCGCACCCAGAGUUUGUCGAGCUACUGACCAUCGACGGCAUGAAAAAAAUGGCUCAAUGGGCUUCGGUUGUUCAAGAUGUCAAUAGUAAAGAUGGCCACGACGAUGACGACAGGACGAACCCUUCUAAACAAAGCCUUGACACAAGGCUAACGUAUGUGGACUGA